CGAGAAGAAGAAAGAGAACAGAACACACUUUCUCUCCCUGAACCUAAAUGGCAGACUCCUGCAUAGAAUUUCUCAGCCAAGGCGAAAAUCUUCAACUAGAGGGAGACACCACCACCAACAUCUCCCCAGUUGGAAAACGCUACCCAUCAUCUCGCCGGACUCAUUCCUUUUCAUGUUCAUCUUCCUUCAGAUCAUCAUCUUCUUCCUUCGGAUCAUCCAUUUUUGAUGAUUCCUCCCCGUCAAGUCCAAUUACUCCACUUCCCUUUUCGGGUAUCCCUUUCUCAUGGGAACAACACCCCGGAAUCCCAAAGAAAUAUUUGAAUCCUCACUCUCCUUCUUCAAAAACCAAAGAUGGUAACCCUCUAAUUCUACUCCCAUUGCCACCUCCCAAGCCAACUCCUUCCAAAAGAUUCAAUCUUGAAUCAAUCUUACCCACAAGAAAGAAGAAACCCCAACAGAAUUUUCAUCCAGAUCCGUUCGUCGCCGCAUUAAUGGAGUGCUCCAAAGAUCUCCGGGAUGGAGAUGGAGCUGAUGACGAUUGUUAUUGGAAGGGGAAAAAGGCUUCAAGAGCGUUAAGUGAUAGAAUUGGGUUCAUUGAUGCUUCCUGCAAGAACAGUUGUGCUGUUUCAAAUUCAACUAUCUUUAUUCCAAAGUCGAGCAGAGAAAGAUAUCAUCUAUUGAACCACCACCGGAAAGGGUGAAUUCCCGCCAAAUUGUUCUGCCGGCCGGCCGCCGGACACUUGUUAUGAUUUUCAUUUUCUUUCUGUUUCUAUCCUGUCGUUUUGCUUUGGGUUUGGUUUGAUUAGCUACGUAGUGACAAGGGCUUCCUCUCGAUCAUCGUGGAGGAGAAAUUUCAUGAAUAGUUUUUAAUUUGUUAAUAAAUAAGUAAUUUUUAUUUUGUAAUUAGAAAUUAAUGAGGUUUGGUUUAUUAUAA